AUGGCGCCAAUCAAAGCAGCCACUCUGCCAGUUAUCCCCUUGGCCAAAGACACAGUGCUUCUACCCGGCAUCGUCUUGCGCAUACCGGUAACUGGAAACCGACCCGAUGUACCAGCCCUCCUCUCGAACAUCUAUAGCCGGGCAGCUGCGAAGACGCCGAGUCAACGAUUAGACAACGUCAACAUCGCCUGUGUUCCCUUCAACUCACCCCUCCUUUCUCCCCAAGGCCAGAAGAUGAUCUCGCAAGAUGAGAGGAGUCCAAAAUCGAAGGGAGGCAUAGAUAUAAAGCCUUGGAGUGCUACGAAGGCAGAUUUAUUUGGAUAUGGAGUGGCAGCGAAGAUAUCCGGGGUUGAGGGAAGGGGUACUGGUGAAUUUGCGCUGUUAGUAGAAGGGGUUGCUAGGAUUAAGAUCGAGAAGAUUACUCAAGAACGUCCUUUUUUUGAAGCAGAGGUCACUUAUGCAUACGAUGAUGCUAUUUCUCCGCAGGAUGCUGCCAUUCAAGGACUAUUUAUCCACCUAAAACAAUUAUCUCGUGAACUACUCACAUUAUUACGACUCUCAUCGCUGCUACCUCGAAAUUCCGGAUCAUUAGGUCUAUCCCCAGUACUUGCACGGCGCCUCGAACUUUAUAUUGCGAAGAAAGGGAUGCAAGACGCUGGCAUACUAGCUGAUUUUAUGACGAACAUUAUUGAGGCUUCAUUCGAAGAAAAAUUACAAGUUUUAGCCGCCUUGGAUGUGAAAACCCGACUGGAGAAAGCUAUUGAGCUUUUACAGCGCCAGUGCGGAGAUAUGAAGAAUAACGUUUCAGUUACCACUAUCACUGGCACAGGUAUCCCCUCGAAUGUGGAAUUAGACCAGAUGAAUCGGGCCAACAGUCAGAGAAUGAGAAGAACAGGAAUGUCCGGGUCACCACUGCCAGGGAUGGGCGGAAUGGGCCCUCCAUCCGAGGAAGAUCAAGAGCCAAACGAGAUGGAGGAACUGAAAAAUAAGCUUGAUGCUGCGAAACUGACCCCAGAAGCAGCCAAAAUCGCGGACCGGGAACUCAAGCGAUUGAAAAAGAUGUCACAAGCUCAAGCAGAAUAUCAAGUCACAAGAAAUUAUUUGGAAAACUUGGCAGAAAUACCCUGGUCUGCCAUGACAAACGAUCAUCUCGGAGUCGACACCCUGCACAGCGCGAGAAAGCAAUUCGACGAUGAUCAUUACGGCUUGGAGAAGGUCAAGAAGCGUUUGCUUGAGUAUCUUGCUGUGCUCAAGCUCAAGCAGUCUAUCAACGAUGAUGUGAACGCUCAAAUCGCGAAAGCAGAAGAGGAAAAGGCGAUAGAGAAAGUGGAGAUACUGAAGAGUAAGCGGAUGGUUGACAAGUCACCGAUACUACUCCUAGUUGGCCCUCCAGGUGUUGGAAAGACAAGUCUUGCAAAGUCUGUUGCGACCGCCUUGGGAAGAAAAUUUCAUCGCAUAUCUCUUGGAGGAGUUCGAGAUGAAGCCGAAAUUAGAGGGCACCGCAGAACAUACGUUGCAGCCAUGCCAGGUCUGAUUGUGCAGGGACUCAAAAAAGUCGGGGUUUCAAACCCAGUUUUUCUACUUGAUGAAAUUGAUAAAGUUGGUACCUCAAAUUUUCACGGAGAUCCGUCGGCCGCUAUGCUAGAAGUCCUGGAUCCCGAGCAAAACCAUACGUUUACUGACCAUUAUGUCAACAUCCCUAUUGACCUCAGCAAGGUCCUAUUUAUUGCCACUGCGAAUAGUCUUGACACAAUACCUCCUCCUUUACUUGAUCGUAUGGAAACUAUUUACUUAUCGGGCUACACAACUCUGGAAAAGCGACAUAUCGCGCUCCAGCAUCUAAUUCCAAAGCAGAUUCGUACAAACGGUCUCGGCGAGGGGCAGGUGGAAUUUAACCCAGAUGUCGUGUCCAAGAUCAUCGAGUCGUACACCAGAGAGUCAGGUGUUCGGAACCUAGAAAGAGAAAUCGGUUCUGUAUGCCGGGCGAAAGCUGUGGAAUAUGCUGAAGCAAAGGACUCGGACCACGCUGAUAAAUACAAACCCCAGUUGUCUGUGCAAGACGUUGAAGACAUUCUCGGGAUUGAGAAAUACGAUGAGGAAAUCGCCGAAAAGACAAGCCCUCAACGUCGUGCUAACGAUUUGACCAGUCAUCCUGGUAUCGUAACAGGUCUCGUGGCCUAUAGCUCCGGAGGUAACGGUAGCAUACUCUUCAUCGAGGUGGCUGAUAUGCCGGGAAGCGGCAGUGUACAGCUUACGGGCAAGCUCGGAGAUGUGCUCAAGGAGAGUGUCGAGGUCGCACUGACCUGGGUGAAAGCCCAUGCUUUCGAAAUCGGUCUAACCAAUGACCCCACCGAGAACAUCAUGAAGAAACGUAGCAUCCACGUGCAUUGCCCAUCGGGCGCGAUUCCAAAGGAUGGACCUUCUGCAGGCAUUGCGCACACAAUUGCGCUUAUUUCGUUGUUCUCCGGCAAAGCUGUGCCCCCAACCAUGGCAAUGACCGGCGAAAUAUCUCUACGUGGCCGUGUUACUGCCGUCGGAGGUAUCAAGGAGAAAUUAAUCGGAGCUCUCCGGGCUGGUGUAAAGACGGUACUCCUCCCGGCACAGAACAGAAAGGAUGUCAAAGAUCUUCCACAGGAAGUGAAAGAUGGCUUGGAGAUCAUUCACGUUAGCCAUAUUUGGGAGGCAAUGCGUCAUGUGUGGCCGGAAGCACACUGGCCGGGUGAAGAGAACUUUGCUGGCAUUGAAAGUCGGUUGUAA